AUGUUCUCCCUCGCACUGCUGGUUUUCUUCCUAGCGAGUGUCAUCGACGGACAAGAGCCACAAGACAAGACACCUCUGCCAGCGGACAUGAAAGCAGUGUUCGAGAACCUCACCGCGCAGUACAAGAAAAACCUGACAUGGAAUGACGAUUGGCGGGAAAAGCGCUUGAGGAAUCAGAAGAGGCACUUAGCGUGA